GCAUCCAGCAGAGUCAGCGUACGAAUCACCGGGAGUGAUGGGGUUACACCGUUGCAGACUAUGCAAGCUUGUAAGAACCGACGCAGCGAACACCAAGAGGGAAUGCUAAUGAUGAUGAUAAUAAAUUAUAGUACUAAUAAUCAACAGGGAUUAGACAACCAGAACCUGUCCUGAUGACAGUGACUCAGAUCAGUCACCAAUGUAGGAGUUCACCGAGAGAGUCCGAAAACUUCAGGGAACUUCAGGGCGGGCUUUGCCUGAUAUGCCACGGUAUAGGCACCACGCUACAUGGAAUUCCGGAUGUCCCGUGGCAGUGGAGCAAACGAGCUCCCUCCCCUGACCAAAGAACGGGCAUAGAUGGCGAGGGGACCGUCCGUCGAUUCCCCAGGACUUCUCCAAUCGUUCCCCAGUCUCCUGAAAGGGACGCAGUGGCAUACGCGGACGCUCCCGGCGCCGCUCGGACCCGGUCAUAUGGAUUUGAUAGCCACGGGGCUUCGACCGGGCGCGAGGAGCACGGGUUGUGCAUUGGGGGAGUCUGCAGAAGACCGGUUGACACGCCAGUCCGUUCAGGGGUUGUUGUCAACAGGGCAGACGACACCUUGUUGGAGGGCCGUGGCAGACGUAAUUGAUAUAUGACCAACCCCGUUGCUGGGGAGACAUACCCCGACACUGAACAAAGCAGUCGGGGCUGCAAAAGUACAUGCACCUCGUGUAAUCCGAAAUGAUUUGCCCGCAGAGCGAGAGGAAAUCUUUUGGAAUCCACGGGAAAAGAAAACGUGCCACAAGCGUGAACGAGCGGCCGUCCACGAGUGACUAAGACAUGGAACCGGGGAAU